GAUUUAAAGGAGGAGAUUGAUAUUCGACUGUCGAGGGUGCAAGACAUCAAGUACGAGCCCCAGCUGCUGGCUGAGGAUGACAGCAGGCUCCUGCAGCUGGAGACACAAGGCCACCAGAGCUGCUACAACUACCUGUACAGGAUGAAGGCGCUGGAUGCGAUCAGGACAUCUG